GGACAGGGCAGGACGCGGCCGCUUUUUCCACCCCCAGUCCUCUUCUGUUGAGGUGAAGUCGGGUCGUGUGGAACAUUCGGUGCUUCCCCAUCCCGUCCGCUGCACCAGCCCGGUCCAUGAUCCCGACAGAAAAUAAAUCCCAAUAAAACGCCCUUUUGUGACUGAGCUACUCUGCAGGACUGGGAGAUGACAUUACAGCGAUCUGCGGCAUCUCCGGCCCCAACAGCUUUCCUGUAGCCGAUCCCUUCCGCCCCGGCUUCCAUUAAAACCCCCCUAUUAUGCUCUGGCCAUCCGGUCACUGUCACUCCCGGUACCGAUCCGUUCUCCCACACCAUAGAUCACUCAUACCGGCUUGUGAUUGGUGGACCGUGUAAUAUCCCUCACAGUGACACAUCCGUCCUUCUUCAUCCACGAUCACCGGGACUCACCCUUCACACAAAAAAAUAAAAAUAAAAACGGAAAUAAACCACAGCCGAUCAGAUCGGGCGAUCAUCGGACCAGGAGGAAGCUCGCCUUAUAUAAAAAAAAAAAAGCAACCCUGAAACAAAUGGAUGCUGUGACGAGUAGAAGCCUAAAAAGAAAGUUUGAAGAAGUAGAUCCUGGUUCGCCAAUUUCUACAUCAAAAGAUUCUGACGAUGAGAUCUCGAAUAGCGACAGCGCGGAUAGCUGUGACAGCAUUAAUGCUCCUACAACCACUGAACUUAUCCCAACAUCCAUCCUAAAGCGGCAGAAACUUCUGAGACAAAAGAAUGUCCGUUUCGACCAGGUCACUGUCUUUUAUUUCUCACGUCGCCAAGGAUUCACCAGUGUGCCAAGCCAGGGUGGUAGCUCCUUAGGAAUGGCCCAGCGCCACAACUCUGUGCGAAAGUACACGCUCUGUGAGUUUGCCCAGGAACAAGAGGUGUCACAUCGGGAAAUCCUACGUGAGCACCUAAAGGAGGAGAAACUUCACACAAGGAAGAUGAAGCUGACCAAAAAUGGUACAGUAGAGUCGGAAGAAGCUGAAGGCCUCACCUUGGAGGAUGUCUCGGAUGAAGAUAUAGAUGUAGACAAUGUCGAAGUAGACGAUUACUUCUUCCUUCAGCCAUUACCAACAAAAAGGCGCAGAGCUCUUCUUCGAGCAGCUGGGGUACAUCGCAUAGAUGCUGAAGAGAAGCAGGAACUUAGAGCCAUCCGUCUUUCUAGAGAGGAAUGUGGGUGUGACUGUCGACUCUUCUGUGAUCCGGAAGCUUGUCCAUGCAGCCAGGCUGGGAUCAAAUGUCAGGUGGAUCGUAUGUCCUUUCCAUGUGGGUGUUCUCGUGAUGGCUGCAGUAAUAUAGCUGGCAGGAUUGAAUUUAACCCUAUACGUGUACGGACCCAUUAUCUACACACUAUUAUGAAACUUGAGCUGGAAAAUAAGCGACAGCAGCCACGACCUCAACCCCUUGAAGAGGAUCUUCCUCAUGCCUCUCUUGCUGUCCAUCCCCACCAGGAGACACAGGACUUCCAUGAAUUCAUUGCUGAGAACUAUCACCUGGAGAACGAGGCUGCUGUCAGACACCUACAAAGUGCGGAGGAGCGCCAGAGGCUCUUGGAUGAGGGUGAUGAGGCAUCUAGUGGUUCUAGUCUCAGUCUGGACUCCAGCGUGGAGUCUUUAGAUGUAUGCCUUUUGGAGACACCUAUCUCACUGCCACCGUCCACCUGCCAUUCCUCUAUAAAUCCUGUUUUGUUGUCUUCUAGUCCUUCUGUCCUCUGUUAUGCUGAUGAGGACUCUGGGAGACCAGCUACACCUCCGGAUUACACUGAUGGAAGUGAGGUGUCCAUAUAUGAUCAUAAUUCGCCAGGAUUAGACACAGGGUCAGAUGUGACAGAAUCUGUUCACUCUGAGGCCACUGAACCAAGUGGUGCUGUAAAGGUUAACACUGAGGUUUGCACUAUAAUUACACCCUGCUCUAAAGAGUUGGACCCAGCCUCUGAGUCUGGGGUCAAUUCCUCUGACUUGGCAUCUCAGACUAACAAGCCAAUAGUCACCUGCAUAAGUGAAGGGGGGAAGCUGCGAGAAGAUUCUGAGAGCCAAACCUCCUGGUCAGGCCAGCCUUUUUCUGCAGAAAAUAACCUGACCGCCUGACACUUUUGGCAAACAUUUUGCACAAGCCACUCCCAAGUUUUCCUCCUUCACUUAUAAUCUAUUACUCCCUUGUCUUACUACCCUAUGCGCACCUGUUAAAGAAAUCUGUUUAUACAGGCUCACUUACUAAGGUCCGUUUUUGUUAUGAGAAACAAAAAACUAUCACUCCAUUUUUUUGUUCCACAAGGCUGAAUAUGACAGUAGCACUAAAGAAAUCUUUUGCCCAUACCAGUAGAAGACAUCGGCAUUUAUGGCCUUGAGUAUGUUUGGUUAAUGGGGUGGCAUUUACCUUUUUGCUAGGUUUUGUUGCAAUAUUUCCCCAUUGGUUUCUCACCCAUUAAUUUUAGGUACAUCAUGCCUAGUUGCCAUAACUUGAAACUUUAUUUGCAAAUUAACAGCUGUACAGAUGUAGAUCUAUGGUCCAAAAAUGUGUUCAGUUUGAGAUGUUUACCUGUUUUGGACAUUUAUGAUUGAUCCAUCUUAAAGCCCAUAGACCGCCUAUAUAUAAUAUUUGGAACGUAAUAUGUAAAUGAGCAAACAUGCCCAGGUAUUAUGGUGCUAUUGAGUAGGGUUAUUGUGAAUUCUCAGUUUGGAGAGCUCAGCUGCCUUUUUCUUUUUUCUAUUUUACAAUUUCAAAGAAUUUCAAGUCCCGGUGCAGAUGCACUUUAACUUUAAGGCAAGUCUUUAAAACAGGACUAACUUACAGGACUCUCUUCUACUUUAUGAAGCUGCUAAUCUUUCCACCUGGACAAUGUAAGGGGACAGUUGUACUUUUUGUGCUCUCUAAUGUGCUAGUCUUUUAUCCAUAUGGAUUUACCACAUAUUUCAAAGAAAUAACCCCAUUUCACAGAGGGUCUGGUGUGUACGUGUAAAACAACCAGUAUGUGUAGAGUCCUUUUUACAAAAGAAAUAGGUUCUUACUUUUAAAUGUGUUUAAAUUAUGAAAUCAGAGACUAAUACAGAAUAUUUAUUUCCAGAUAUUAAUUAUCAACCUGUUUAAUUUUACUUUGGCAAACUUUUAAAAGCAAAUAGCCAAGCAUUGACUUUUAAGUGCCACAAAUGGUGGUUCGUGCAUUAGUCCAACAUAUGGGCCUAGCUUUAUUGGCAAAUCAAAGAACUGACAAAGAAUCCAUCUUAUCCUAAUAGGUUGGUUUAAAACUGACUAAUAAAAUGCUGCCACCUACAGCUGGGAUGGUUCAGA